AUGGAGGAGGCGGAGGAAGAUGGGCAGGAGAUCAGGAAAACCUUCAACCAGAUUAGGCUCGAAAUGGAGAGACGAAACAUUGUCGGAUCUUUGCAAUCUCAACCACCUCAAACUCAUCAAAGAGCCGGAGUAUCUGAUAUGGAAUCGCCUCAAAGCGGGGGAUAUUCAGGAUCAACUUCUGGCUCUCGCUUAAACGGAAAUGAGACUCCAAAUUACUCGCAACACAGACCACCAAGUGGCCGUGUUGGAUCAAGCGAGGGGGGCUCAAAUCACGCCAGCAUGAACCGGGGGAACAGAGGGGGUAGGGGCAAUGCCCCGGCUGGCAUCGCCCAGGUGAGGCAAACUCUCGCCCUCCCCGACCUCCAAUUGGGUCACGUGACUGUAUUCACUGAUCGUGCUGAGCUCGUGCGGACAAUCACGCCUGUUUUCAAGGCAGGCGAAAUUGUGGAAAUGCUCUUCGAAAACGUCUCUUCUGCAAUCGACAAGGACUCCAUUAGGGUUGAACUACGGGGAGCAGCGACAAUCCUUGAUGUGACCUACACCGCUCACACUGUACCCGAGCUGGAAGAAACCUGGGCGCAGCGCAUUGCUGAGCUUCAGGUGGAAUUGCGUCAGUGUCAUCGCCAGAUCGAGUCGCUGACAGGCCGCUUGGCACGACUGGAGAAGCAGCGCACCGUCCUGGACACAUUCGCCGACGGAAUGACCAAAAAGACGGAGGAGGAGGUGUUUGCAGCAGCCCUACCUCCACCUGCACCUUUGCCACCGCAGCAAUUUGACAAGAAACACGAAAAACACAGCAAGAAAUCAAUGCCCAUUCAGGAAGAUAACUUGGGAUUGACGAAAAGGUCUCCCUCUGAGUUGAAUAACCAGGCCAACCCAUAUGAUCCGACUCACAUGGACACCCUUCAGCGUUUCCUCACGAUGUAUGAGGACCAAGCUGAACGACUGGACAACAAUCUCUUCACCUCCAAGGAGGAACUCGAUCGUACUCGCGACCGCGCCGAACAGAUUGAAAAAGAGUUGUCUAUCUUGGAGAAACGCCAGGAAGAUAACUUGGUCAGAGAAAUCAGCGUUCUCAUUGAGCCUCGCGAAGAUGGUCCGGUUGACAUGUUGAUCACAUACGUCGUUGGCCGCUGCCAGUGGAAACCAGCUUAUGAUAUACGCCUUUUCAACAGCGACGGAUCUAUGAAGAUCAUCUACUAUGGCUUGGUGCAGCAGUCAACCGGAGAAGACUGGGAACCCAGACGAAUGACUCUGUCAACCGCUCAACCAAGCUCUGAAGGACUUUGUCCUACUCUUGGUCUGCAACGUUUGCACUAUAAACAGACACUCCCCCAACUGACCGCGUCGCCAUCAUGCACAUCAUCCUCAUCUUCUUCAUCCCGCCCUCCCCGCCCCACAUCUGCGGCUUCGCGCAACAAACCAUCCAGAUCACUCGUCCAGCAUCAGCACUCGUUCGUCUAUGAGAACGGCCCUCACGCACCUGAGGUGAGCGAAGCUUCACUUCGAAGACAGCAGGAGUUGGCUUUCAUGCGCAGUUCUGGUAAAAAGAAGCGGGAUCGGGAGCCCAUGGAUUCUCAGAAGGCCCCACCUUCCAUUUACGAGCCCGUCUACCAGCGUCCUGUUACGUACAUUCCGCAGGAAGACUUGGCCAUUCUUGGAAACUACCUGGUUGCCACGCUUCCACGAUCCAGACCGCUGUCGAUUGCCGGUGAAAAUCCGCGACUUCGACGAUCGUAUUCGCGGUCGCGCACAUCCUAUCUCGAGGAGUCGCCCCGCACAUUGUCAACACCAAUUGGGACACUUCAGCGUGGCGCCAGUUCUUCCGAGGUUGGAAUGGCAACCCUUCGUGGAACUUCCAUCAGCCGCACUGCCUCGCGUCAGGCCCUGGGUACCAGCCUUCUCUUGAACGCCGCACCCCCCAGCGAGAUGGAACAGCCAGUAGCCAAGCCGCCUCCGGGCCCGGCUGUUGCCACGGUGGUCUUUGAAGUGCCACGGCCGCCAGCUGUGGUGCCCUGCAACACCGAGGAGGUUCGUGUCACCGUGGGUCUGAUCGAUCUCCAGCCCACCUACGACUAUGUUACUGUUCCAAAACGAUCGCUGUCAGCUUUCCUGAAGGCUCACGUCAAGAAUACCAGUAACUUCUACAUCUUGCCAGGACAAACAAAUAUUUACUCCGACAACACUUUCAUUGGCAAGUCGGAACUUGGUGCAGUUGCCCCAGGAGAGGAUUUGACUUGUGAUCUCGGCGCGGAGUCGGGUAUUGAGGUGGCUUACCGACCGAUGUUCAAGUCAAAGGAGAACGCCUCGGGGCAGAAGGUGUCUGUGAGCUUCAAGCAGGUCAUCGAUGUCCGCAACACCUUCCAGCGACCGGUUCGUGUCAUGGUCGUUGAUCAACUGCCAUCUAGUGGUGAAGAUAAGAUUAAGGUGAAUCUCAUUGAACCGAACAUUAAAAAUCCGGAUAAAUACGACAAGAAGAAGCCCAUUCGGAUGAACAAGAGUCAUAACAUAGAAUGGGAUCUUGAUCUUCACGCAGGUGAAUCAAAGGAAAUUGUGCUUCGUUACACCGUGGAGUAUCCAGCCAUUGAGGAGUUGGAAGUCAGCGUCGCGGAUGCCUAA